AGGCGUGCGCUGGUGCGCAGGCGCAGUGGCCGGACGACAGACCGUGUGUUUCCAAAAUGGCGGCAGCGAUGGAUGUGGAUACCCCGAGCGGCACCAACAGCGGCGCGGGCAAGAAGCGCUUUGAAGUGAAAAAGUGGAAUGCAGUAGCCCUCUGGGCCUGGGAUAUUGUGGUUGAUAACUGUGCCAUCUGCAGGAACCACAUUAUGGAUCUUUGCAUAGAAUGUCAAGCUAACCAGGCGUCCGCUACUUCUGAAGAGUGCACUGUUGCAUGGGGAGUCUGUAACCAUGCUUUUCACUUCCACUGCAUCUCUCGCUGGCUCAAAACACGGCAGGUGUGUCCGUUGGACAACAGAGAGUGGGAAUUCCAAAAAUACGGGCACUAGAGAGAGAAUUCUUCCAUCGAGCUCAACUGUUCUGUUAUUCAUUUAAUGACUUGCCCUCCUGUUACUUAAUUAUAAAUUAGGUAGAACUGUGUCUUUUCUGCUUUGUCUUUUUAGUUUGCUAUUCCCGCAGCCAUAUUGUAUUCUGUGUCAAAUAAAAUCCAGUUGGAUUCUAGAACAGAUGCUGUCUCUUGUGUAUGUGAAAAAGUGAACAUAGAUAAAGGAUCCCCGCUUCCUAGGUUGGAAGGCUUUCUUUCGAAAGUGAGAUGUUUGUUCAUUAGAGCAGAGUUGUCCUGUGAGCACAUCGCUUGGUCACGAGGAAUCCUGGUCCACAGCCUGGUCAUCGAUGGCGGUCUCAGGCAAGUUGUCUCUGCUCCGCCCUUUCCCCUGUAGAACAGCUCCUAAUAACUAAAUGGCAUCAUAUGUGCACAGAAAGAAGCUUUGUAAACUGUAAAACCACUAUACGAAUGUUAACCUUGACCGUGUAUGACAUGUUGCUUUCUCUUCUUGGUAUAGAAAAAUAAACCUGAAAAAAAUCUAAUAUGUAAUUUUGGCUGGCAAAAGAAGAAUUUAUGAACUCAAGUUGAAAAUUGGUGUAUUAAAGUGUCCAAUUAAAAUGGAAUUAAAAAGAAUUCAAAUUGCCUUUACCACCACAA